CUUUAUCAACCGGAAACCAAGUCCCCAACUCCAUCACGCGACGCUGAAUAACUCGCUCCACUAAAGCUUGCAAUCAACGCAGUAUUCCAGGUUCCGGGGCCCGUUUGCGACGAUGGGCAGACAGGAAAAAAUCGCGCGGUCGAUCGUGCAUGCAAUUGUCAAGACAAACGGUGCCAACAACAAACACUCGAGCGGUCCACUUGGGCUCCUACUCGCCCUCUUUUCGGCCUUCUUUUCUCUCUACCAACUGGUGCUCUGCAAAGUGCGUCCGGCAGAUUUCGCAAAUCUACGCCGGAACUAUUGGGACGUCAGUGACGAUGACUACACCACAUCCUUUCGGACGGACGAAGGCAGGGCUGGAGGCGAGUCCCUGAAAGCGAUUGGAGAUAUGGGCUUCUCUGGUUCAACGUUCUAUUCCACGACCGACCAAAAGUACCUCGUCAAGUCUCUCCCCCGGCAUUCCGAACACUCAUUCUUCAGCGAGGAUCUCUUGACACCGUAUGUUGAAUACAUGGCGACCCAUCCCCGCUCUCUCCUGGUCCGCAUCUGUGACUUACUCGGCGCGUCGGGCUGGUCCGUUGGACGCAUCCUCCGUUCGGCACCCUCCCACCACAUCGUCAUGGAUAACGUCAUGUAUGGGCGGGAAGAGGCCAAAAGACGAGGCGAGGCGGAUUGGGAGAACUGGGACCUGAAGCCGACCUCGUAUUUCUAUCCAGAGAGAGAUAUCGCUGGCGGCGCGCUCACGAGUGAGGCGACCAAGAGCAGGCUCGCCGAUGAGUUUCACGACAAGAUUGUUCUCCGUCGGGAGCAGGCAGACGACUUCUUCGCGAGCCUGGAAGCCGACACGAAGCUGCUUGCAGAGCACAAUGCUGUGGAUUAUUCACUUUUCCUGGUACGCAUGAGCGCACCUCAGCAGGCGGAUACCGCGAUGCCCACGCCGGCGGAAUCAAGCAUGGUUCCUACCAAUCCGCCGUCAGUUCCCCCCUCGCCACCGACCUGGAGGACGGGAGUUACUUCAACCGAUGGGAAGUAUAUCUUCCGCGCCUCGAUUCUGGACUUUUUCUGGGCCAAGCACAAGGUACAUGCGAAGUUCAUGACGUUUCUAAUCAAUCUCUGGAACGUCUUAUUCAAGCACGGCCCCAUGAGUAUCACCACCACACCGGACGAGUACCGGGAGCGGUUCCUCAAGAUGUGCAGGAGCAUUGUGGAGAUCAAAGACGACUGAAGCAGAUGCCGGUGGAUAAGUGUAUUGUUCAUCUAGGUGAUACCCAGAGUUGCGGUUUUCUGUUUUACUGGUCUAGAGCAAUCCAAAUCUGCGCUUGGUUUCUUUGUUCCUUCCAAUGGAAUUCGCAAUGUGUCUCCGAAAGGGGUUGAUCGUUGGUCAAUAUGUCUCCACGUCCUCCAUCCUUUCUAAUCGACCAGCGCACAACUUGCCUAUGGAUUGUUCACAUCAUCGGUUAGUGUUAGGGCCGUGGCCGUCAGAUGUACCUUACUGACGAUCCUGAU